ACCGUUGCACUCCAGCGUGGGCAACAAAAGUGAAACUCCAUCUCAAAAAAAAAAAAAAAGGGAUUGAGCCAUCAGAUGGGAAAAGAUUUCCAAGUGAAGAUUUUGUUUUGAGACCGGGUCUUCCUGUCACCUAGGCUAGAGUGCCGUGGUGCCAUCAUAGCUGGUGACAACCUCGAACUCUUGGGCACAAGUGAUUUUUCUGCCUCAGACAACAGCCGACUAACAUUUUAUUUUCCUCCGGACGGGGUCUUGCUGAGUUGCUCAGGCUGGUCUCGAACUCCUGGCCUCAAGCAAUCCUCCCACCUCAGCUUGCCAGAGUGUCAGGAUUACAGGCGUGAGCCACCGAGCCAGGCCUGAAGAUUUUUUAUUAUUUGUUAGUAGUAGUCCUCAGAGCUACUACAUCCAAAGUCCCUACUGAGUUCUAAGGCAGUUUCUCAACUCCAUUAGAGAGAGAGAAAAAAAAAGCCUGGGCACUUUGGGAGCCAAGACGGGAAAUCGCUUGAGUCCAGGAGUUUGAGACCAACCUGGGCAACAGAGAGAGGCCCCCAUCUUUAUAAAAUAAAAAUUUUAAAUUAAAAUGAUUUUUUAACAACAGCAACAAAACGGGUUCUGGGAGCGAGAGGCUGGGACUCGGGCCCGGGCGAGCUCAUUCCAUAUACCUGUUUCAGGUGGGGGAAGUUGGAGACACGUUAGAGACCCCUCCACUCCAGGGAUCCACUUCGAGAGGUUAAGGUCCUGGCUCUAACCACACCCCCAAGACAAGGCCAGAGGUCGCCUCCCUAGGCGGGUCCCUCCUCCCCACCGCCAGGUUCCCGGAGUGCGCGUGGCGCGUGUGUGGGGGGAUGGGGGCCCGCAGGCGCGCGGACAGGAGCGGCGCGCCCCUCCCGCGUGUUGAAAUUCAAAAGAGGCCAACUCCCCGCGGGCGCGGCGCGGCGCCGGUGGAGAGGUCAAGGCAGGGUCCAGUCGGAGGCUCCCGGGGCGGGGUCGAACCCGCCGCCGACACCGUGAGCAGCAGCAGAAGCUUCAAGAGCUCAGGUUCCCGCCCUACGACCCUACCAUGGCUACGGAGCAGUGGUUAGAGGGGUCGCUCUGCCUGGACCCUGGAGAAACACCGCCUCCAGACGCCUUAGAACCUGGGACGCCGCCCUGCGCAGAUCCCUCCUGGUCGACGCCCCCUAGCAGGCUUGGGGACCCACCUGAGCCGGACCCCGAAGAUGCUGAGGGGCAGCUGCCUGAAGCCCCAGCCUCCACGCCUUCCCCCGAACCUCUGGUCCCCGGGCCCGGGCCAGCACCACCCCGCCUACCCCUGGAAACUUUGUUCAGCCCCAUCACCGAACAGCUGCGCUACCUACUCAAGAAGGCGGAUGAUUUCCAGAGCUACUUGCUCUACAGCAGAGAUCAAGUACAGAAGGAGCAGCUGGCCAAGGCCAUGCCCACCUUCUUACAGAUGUGUGAACCCUACUUCCUGUACCUGGAGGCAGCUGCGAGAAGCGUACCCCCCAUCUAUGGAGUCCUGCAGGAGCUGGUCCGAAAGGGGCUGUUAGAGAUCUCCCAACAGCUGACCCUGCGCCUGGAACAGCUGGUCCUCAUGUACGCUUCCUUUGGGUUUGUGGACCUGGAGGAGACGAACCCCCUUAGCAUCUCCUGUUUCUUUUGCGGGAGGUUCUCCAUCAGCAUGUCCUGCGAGGUAUCCAUCUUCAGAUACUGUGCCCCAGCUGCCUACACUGCCAGCCGCUUCCCCCGAUACCUCUAUAAGAAGAUGCGCUGGCACCUGGAAACCAUCCCAGAGGCCCCUGGUCGGGGACAAGAUUCCCUUGUGGAUUACUACUUCCUGUGCUAUCGAGAUACUUGGGAGGACACAGGCCACAGUCCAGCCAAUCCGUGCCCGCAGAUCCAGAAGCUGUGGUCCAUCGGCAGAUGGGUGUCCCUGGGACCAGCCGAGGAUGACCUUUAUUCAUGGAUUUUGUGCCCGCAGCCUCUUGGGGACUACCAGCAGCUGCUGACCAUCGGCUUCGAGGAGCCCUCGCCCAUGCUGGCCACCGACCUGCUGGUGCAGAUCCUCACGGGCCAGGCAGGCCAGGCCCGGCCUCCGAGCACAGCCGGGCCCGCGGGGUGGGCGGCGCAGGGGUCUUGAAUCUGGGGAAGAGGGUAGGAGCUGGAGCUUGACAGUUCCAAACUCCAGGAGAGGGGGCAGGGGAGGGGCUCGUUCUCGCAGUGCAGCCCGGCCUCGCCUUCCAAAGGGCCAGGCCGAGCUGACCUGUCUGCACCGAGAUCGGCCCAGCCGUGGGGCCCAGAAUGCGGACAUGCCAGUUUUGUGUUAAAUAAAAGAAAGAAAGAGG